AUGACCGACGCAAACGCCAACGGAGAUAGCGCCGGCGGCGCUAAGCCGGAGAUCGCGGUGAACGGAAACGGCAACGGCAACGGCAACGGCGGAAAGUCGCCGUCCGCAACGACCGCUACGCCGACGCCGGAGGACGAAAAAGAAAGGCCGAAACAGGAGGAGGGCGACGCGUCGCCGGGGCAACCGCAGGCACCGCCUGCAGCGGUGCCUGCAGAUCCAACGGCUUCGGCGGCCAAUGGCACUGCACUUGCCAACGUCGUCAACAAUCCAAACCUCACUCCGGCGCCAGCACCACCGCCGGAACCCGAUAUGGACAAUUUGCCCCAAGACCCGUUGCCCAAACAUCAAAACAAACAUGCCACCACUGCGGUCAAGGCCGUCAAGCGUCUCAAGGACGCUCGGCCUUUCCUCCAACCCGUAGAUCCCGUGGCACUCAACGUGCCACUCUACUACAAUCUCAUUCAAAGGCCCAUGGAUCUCGGCACCAUCGAGCGCAAGCUCCAGCACAACGCUUACGAGACUCCGGAACAGGUUUCGGCAGACUUCAAGCUCAUGGUCGAAAACUGCGCCCGUUUCAACGGCGAAGCGUCUGCAAUCGCCCAGAUGGGUCGCAACAUCGAGGCCAGUUUCGAAAAACACAUGCUAGGAAUGCCCACGCGCGAUGCGCCACCGCGGCCGCGCGUCAAGCGGCGACGCUCCGAGCUAGAGACCCCAGUGGUAAUCCGUCGCGCUGAAUCCUCUCUCAACGGGAGACCCAAGCGCGAAAUUCACCCUCCCAAGUCCAAAGACAUUUACCCAUACGAGACUGCCAAACCACGUUCCAAGAAACACCAAACAGAGCUCAAGUUUGCGCAACAGGUCGUCAAGGAACUCAUGUCCAAGAAAUUCAGUUCUUUCAAUUACCCAUUUCUGGAGCCGGUGGAUCCCGUGGCACUCAAUUGUCCCACGUAUUUCGACUACGUCAAAGAGCCCAUGGACCUCGGGACCGUGCUUCGCAAACUCAGUAAUUGGGAAUACGAAAAUGCCGAUCAAGUGGAAUCCGAAGUGCGUUUGGUAUUUAAAAACUGCUACGCGUUCAAUCCUGACGGUACUAUUGUUAAUAUGAUGGGUCAUCGUCUAGAAGACGUCUUCAGUGCGCGAUGGGUCGAUCGCCCCGUGGUCGCUGACGAUGAUUCGGAUGAGGACGAUGAAGACGGUGAAUCCGACUAUUCCAGUGACGAAAACGGAAUUGACGGCGGUGCAGGUGCUGGUGCAGGUGGCGCUGGUGCUGGCGCCGGUGGUGGUGGUGACGACAACGAUAUUGAUGAAAGUCUCAUCACCAACCCAGCUAUUCAAUACUUGGAGCAACAAUUGGACCGCAUGAAAGUGGAACUUCAAAAUCUCAAGAAACAAGAACUGGAACGCAUUCGCAAAGAACGUAGACUCGCCAGAGGAACCCGUAAGAGGCGUACGGGGCGCAAGAAAUCCAAAACCGAUGCCGGGAACGGGCAUGGAAGGCGCAAAAAGAAUAAGCUCAAGACUGUGGUCACGUACGACAUGAAAAAAAUCAUCUCCGAAAGAAUCAAUGACCUGCCGGCUUCUAAAUUAGAAAAAGCCGUCGAAUUGAUCAGGAAAUCGAUGCCGGACAUUGGUAAAGACGAUGAGGUCGAACUAGACAUUGACAUGCUGGAUAACACCACAAUUUUGACUCUAUUCAACACAUUUUUCCGCGAAUACGCUACUCAUAGUAAUGGCAAUGGUACAGCCUUGGACGAUUCACUACUGAGUAGGAGUUCGUUGUCUCCAAAUUCAUCAGGAUCCAAGAAGUCCAGCAGGCGGAGAAGUAAAGCCUUGAGCGAACUAGAACAAAACAAACAGAUUGAAAAAAUAAAAAAUAAACUAGCCAUAUUGGAUGGAGCUUCGCCCACUAACUCGAAUGCCUUCAGCAACCUUCUUGCGGGUGAUGACUCUUCCGAUGGCGAUGAUGAUGAUGAUGAUUUAAGCAGCGAAAGUGAAGAAGAGUAA